AUGGCUCCCGCCAAUUUUAAGACCUAUGAGGCUCAGGCCCGCCUUCUUCGUGCCAUUGUGGCUGCCCACCCCGAGGUUAAGUGGAACUAUAAGGACAUCCAGAAGUUCUAUGGAUCGGACAUGACCAAGGAUGCGCUUAAUCAUCGAUUCAGAGCCAUCCGCAACCAUACCUGGACGCUUCAACAGGCAACCUAUCAGGGCGUCGACUGCAAGGACAUCCCCGUAGACCUGCCCAAGGAGAAGAAGGAGAUUGCCAAGUUCUUCGGUGAAUCCACCGCCGAUGGCAUUCAAUUCCAGUUCCGAGGCAUCAAGAAGGACGCCGAGUCUCUCAAGCAGACGGCCAACAGCGGCGGCAACCCUGCUACCGCACUGAACCUCCCGGCUAGCGCGACCUCCAGCGCCUUCUCGACUCCUCGCAAGCCGCGCACCCCAUCUACCAAGACCCGCGUCUCGGGCGGCGGUCGUUCAACCACAGCCAAAAAGACUAAGCAGCUCAAGCCUGCCCCCAUCUCAGUCUCAGAGGAGGACGAAGAGGAGGAUGAGGACGUCGAUUAUAACGAACUCGAGGACACACCCUCCAAGAGCCGCAUUCGCGAUCACAUUCUCGAUGGCCGCGUGUCCAAGAACAGACAUACCCCAAACCCUCGCCGCAGCGCUACUCCGAGCCGUGCCGCUACUAUCGCCGCGGCUGCCAACAUUGCCCAGGCCGCCGCCGUCGACCUGACCACCUCCGAUAGCGAAGUCAACACCCCCGACAACUCGGUGGGCUACCAACUCCCCGCCGCUGUCGACAUGAAGCCCGCCAUCAUGCAGCAGCAGGCACAGGUGCAAUCGAUCUUUGGGAGCCCCGCCUCUGCCUAUGAGCAGUCUAUCGUCCAGCCUGUUGCUCAGCCAGUCAUUCAACCUGCUGCUCAGCCCGCCAUUCACCCCGUCUCCAAUAGCAGCUACUCUGGUCACUCCAGCUUCGAUCCUUCCCAGAGUGUCAGUGUCUUCAACGACGACCCGCUCAACUUCAGCUUCAUUGACAGCAUGGGACAUGGCGGUGGCGACUUUGACCCCUACACGGGCAACGAUGGCGAGAUCUAA